GUGCAGACGCAGAAGAAGCUAUACACGCUGCCAUUGCCAUUGCCGAUGCAGCUGCUGAGGGGGAGGACCCUGAGGCGCCUGAAGAUCAUCCUGGUGCCGAUGUUCACGGUCCUCACGGCGGCGAUCCUGGUCCAGGUCCUCAUCCUGCCCCAGAGCCUGCUGGUGCAGCGCCAGAUGUACCGCCGCCACCACCGCCAGAUGUGCCACCAGCUGCACCAGCGGCUGCUCCUGGGCACGCAGGCGGUGGGGUUCCAGCAG